AUGUCGCUUUCUCAAGUACCUCUCCUCACUCUAAGCUCCAAAUCAAGCCUAAUCGACUGGGUCCUUAUCCCUGGGAUAGUUUCAGCGACCUCCGCCGCUCUUCUCCUAGCCCAGCUACUCUGGACCACAACGCUGACUCACGUUUUCUCUAAACGACGUGAUGCGCUCCUUACGCCGGCCGACGCUGCAAAGAGCAGGCACACAUUUGUUUUUGACCUUUCCCGGUCAGCCUCAUGUGUGAUCCUCUUUGCGAUGUCCAUUUCUCCUUUAGCGGACAUCAAUUGGCUCUCGAUCUCUCUCCCCGUUACAUUCUUUUAUGCGGCAGUUCUGUCCAUUGCAUCCAUCAACGUCCGCAGUAAGGCUCGUCGACUAUUCGUCAGGCACCUCGAUACACUCCUUCUCGUCGUCUUCUCGAUAUACGUCUAUCGGGAUCUGCUGCCUCUCGCCACCUACCACGAUAAACCACUUGAUGCACCCGAGGGUUGGACCUUAUGGGUUAAGAUAGCCCUUCUGUUGUUUGCCGCUGUCGUUGCACCCUUGUUGAUGCCGCGCGAGUACAUUCCUGUUGACCCUCGAGACCCAUCAUCCGUUCCCAACCCUGAACAAACGGCUUCGAUACUCUCUGCUGUGUUUUGCUUUUUCUUGGACUCGCUGGUGCUGAAAGGCAGUUCAUCCUUAGACCAACUCCCUCCACUGGCCGACUACGACAUGGCUAAACAUGUUAGGGACAAGAGCUUUUCUUCUUUGGGAGUGUCUUCCCCGAACAAAAAACAUGUUUUCUUUGGCCUUGUGUGGUGUUUCCGUACCGAAUAUCUUGUGAUGGCCUUCUCUAUGAUUGUCAUGGGGGUUAUGAACUUCGCUUCUCCCCUAGGAAUUAAUCGGCUGCUCAACUAUUUGGAAGAUCCCGAGUCAAAUCGCACUUUCCCACCUUGGGUUUGGAUUAUUUGCAUGUUCAUCGGUCCUACUGCGCGUUCUGCUGCAUUGCAGUGGUACUCCCUUUAUGCCACCCGCACUCGGGUCCGUUGUGAAGCCAUCAUAACGGAGCUUGUUUUUGAGCACGCCCUUCGCAUGCGUGUCAAAGCGGAAACCUCUCAGAACAACACAGGUCUAGGAACAGAGAAAGACACGGAAACUUUCCAAGCCAAUCUUGUCGGUAAAAUCACCAAUCUAGUGACAACGGACCUGGCUAAUAUCCUGGGCGGCAUUCAUAUCUUGAUGUUACUGGUUUUAAUACCGAUUGAAACUGCGCUCUCCAUUGUAUUCCUCUAUAAAGUGCUGGGCUGGGCCGCGUUUGUUGGGUUAGCCAUGAUACUGGCGCUCUUUCCUGCUCCUGGAUAUGUGGCAAAGCUCCUCAAAGUUGUUCAGCAAGAACGUCUCAAAAAAACCGACGCUCGUGUACAGGUUGUGACUGAGACCAUGAGUGUGCUGCGAACGGUGAAACUCUUAGGAUGGGAGCGCCAGAUGAAAGAUCGUAUCAACGUGAAGCGAGAGGAAGAGCUCAUUUGGAUCUGGAAACGCCAAAUGCUACAGCUACUUGAUGGAAAUGUUCAAUUUAUCAUUCCGAUCACAACCAUUCUGAACGCUUCAAAAGUGUUCUCAUCACUAGCUAUCUUCGAAGUUCUUCGGAACCAACUUGGCUGGGUUCUCCGUUACCUGAACCUAUCGAUUACUGCCAAAGUCUCAUUAGACCGUGUUGACGAAUUUCUGCGCAAGACAGAAUUACUCGAUCACUAUGCACUUUCCAGUGAAUCGCCACCAGCCAUACCACAAGAUGACAGAAUCGGUUUCCGUGAUGCUACAUUUUCCUGGACCAGCGAACAUAUUGAUGGCACACACACACCUUCUCACCGCCGAUUCUUGUUGAGAAUUGACGGUGAGCUGUUGUUCAAGCCUGGAUGCAUCAAUCUUGUCGUUGGACCCACGGGUUCUGGCAAAACAUCAUUGAUCAUGGCUCUUUUGGGCGAAAUGCACUUUAUUCCGUCUGGACCCUCGUCCUGGUAUAAUCUUCCGCGUGCAAAGGGUGUUUCCUAUGCUGCUCAGGAAUCAUGGGUUCAGAAUGAAACGAUCAAAGAAAACAUUCUGUUUGGCGCGGAAUACGACGAAGAACGUUACAAAAAGGUCAUCUACCAGUGUGCCCUUGAACGUGACCUGGAACUGUUUGACGCUGGGGAUGCCACUGAGGUUGGUGAAAAAGGUCUUACUCUCAGUGGUGGGCAAAAGGCUCGAGUCACUCUCGCUCGCGCCAUCUACUCCAACACCGAAAUUAUUCUGUUGGACGAUGUUUUGGCUGCCCUCGAUGUGCAUACCAGCAAGUGGAUCGUCGACAAGUGCUUCCGUGGAGACCUCAUCAAGGGCCGCACUAUUAUUUUGGUGACCCACAAUGUCGCCAUGGCCAAACCGAUUGCAAGCUAUGUCGUUUCAAUGGACGUUGAUGGGACGAUUCAUAGCCAUGGCUCGAUUACGGAAGCCCUUGCCCAUGAUGAGGUGCUUGCGGAAGAGCUAAGCAAGGACGAAAAAAACCUGGACGAAAAAACAGACGGAGUAGACCCUGCUGCUGCGCCGGUUGAACCCAAGUCGGAUGGAAAGUUGAUCGUCGCAGAAGAAGUCGAGGAGGGCCACGUCAGCAUGGACUCGCUCAAGCUCUAUAUUCGUGGCCUUGCAGGAAAUCAUCCCACGUUCUUUGUGUUGGCUUGCUUGCUUGGUUUAGGCAGCAGUCAACUUUCCUUAACCAGCCAAUCUUGGUAUCUUGGACGAUGGGCCGAGCAAUAUGACAUCGUUCCGCCGUCCCAGGUUGACGUUGCACAUUAUCUAGGCUUCUUCAUGUUUUUCGUGAUCGGGACCAUGGGCUUCUACAUCACGAGUUUUGCUUUAUAUAGAACUGGUGUUUUCAGAGCCUCGAAAACCCUCCACCAGCGACUCGUUGAAGCAGUUUCUGGGACAACUUUCAGAUGGCUAGACACCACCCCUACAUCACGUGUUAUCACGAGAUGCACAAUAGACAUUCAAUCCAUCGACAUAACCCUCCCAGGAUCACUUUGGAGUCUCAUUGAGAUGUCACUGGGAAUGCUGGUUGAGUUCAUCAUUGUCAUAGUAUAUACCCCGACUUUCCUGCUCCCUGGACUUGUCGUUGGGGGCUUAGGUGCUUGGUGUGGUCAACUAUAUAUCACAGCCCAACUCCCGUUGAAACGCGAAAUGAGCGUUGCCAAAGCACCUAUACUAGGACACAUCAGUACGGUGAUGGCAGGACUUGUGUCCAUUCGCGCCUAUGGUGCCCAGGCCGCAAGUGUUGAAACCUCUCUUUCUCGAAUUGACAGAUACAGCCGCGCCGCGCGGACAUUCCACAACCUGAACCGAUGGAUUGCACUGCGUGUGGACAUUCUUGGGGCACUUUUUACCACAUCUCUGGCAUAUUACCUCGUAUAUUAUCAGAAUGCCAGAAACUCAGAGGUCGGAUUUGUUUUGAAGUUGGCCGUUUCGUUCAGCAGCAUGAUACUGUGGUGGGUGCGACUGGUCAACGACUUCGAGAUAGAAGGCAAUUCUUUGGAGCGAAUCCGAGGCUACAUCGAGAUUGAGCAGGAGCCGAAACCAACGUCAGCUGGUGUACCGCCUGCUUCUUGGCCAACUAGCGGAACGCUGCACGCAACCGGGUUAUCAGCUAGGUACUCCGCCGACGGCCCCAAGGUGUUGGAAAAUAUCUCAUUCGACAUUAAAUCUGGUGAACAUGUGGGCAUAGUUGGUCGCACUGGCUCUGGAAAGAGCACCUUAACCUUGGCACUGCUUCGCACGAUUUUCACUGAGGGCAAGGUGUUAUAUGAUGGCAUCCCCAUUUCGUCUCUCAAUUUGGACGCGCUUCGGUCCAACAUUACCAUCAUCCCUCAAAUUCCUGAACUGCUGACCGGCAGCUUGCGAAAGAAUCUGGAUGUGUUCGACCAGUAUGAUGAUGCCACGCUCAACAGCGCGCUUCGUGCGGCUGGGUUGUUUGCACUCCAGAGCGAGAUGGAUGAAGGCCGGAUUACACUUGACUCCGAGAUUGCCAGCGGCGGAGGCAAUCUAUCGGUUGGUCAACGCCAAAUCCUCGCGCUGGCACGGGCCAUUGUUCGUGGUAGCAAGUUGUUGAUCCUUGACGAAGCCACCUCCGCGAUUGACUACAAAACGGACGCUGUGAUCCAAUCAUCGCUUCGGAAUGAACUGCCGAAAGACACCACCCUCCUCACGGUCGCUCACAGGCUGCAAACCAUUAUGGACGCCGAUAAAAUUAUGGUGCUCGACGCUGGUCGCAUUGUCGAGUUCGACUCCCCAAGAGAGCUGCUCAAGAACAAGAACGGCAAACUCCGGGCUCUCGUCGACGAGUCGGGAGACAGAGAUUUGUUGUACAAGAUGGCAGGCCUCGUUUGA